UGUUGCACUUUGUAUUGUUGGGGCAAAUCUCGCACAAAAUCGCGUUCGUUCCGAAUCCCGUUCCUCUUUCAACUAGCCUCCAAGAUGCCUACCAAGAAGUCGAAGACCAGGAAACUCCGAGGACAUGUCAGCCACGGACAUGGUCGCGUUGGCAAGCACAGGAAGCAUCCUGGAGGUCGUGGUAAUGCUGGUGGCAUGCAUCAUCACAGAAUCAAUUUCGACAAAUACCAUCCAGGAUACUUUGGUAAGGUGGGCAUGAGACAUUACCACCUGAAGAGGAAUACCUCCCACUGCCCUACCAUCAACCUGGACAAGCUGUGGACACUGGUGAGCGAGCAGACCAGGAUCAACUACAGCAAGAAGCCCGAUGGACCUGCCCCCAUCAUUGAUGCUGUGCGCGCUGGCUAUUACAAAGUCCUGGGCAAAGGCAAGCUGCCCAAGCAGCCUGUGAUCGUCAAGGCCAAGUUCUUCAGCCGACAGGCUGAGGAGAAGAUCAAGGCAGUGGGAGGAGCCUGCGUGCUGAUGGCAUAACGAUCUUGUCUGUGUGUUUUUGCAGAAAUAAACUGUAUAAAUGGAAA